AUGAAAAAAGAUCAUCGUCGGUGGACAUGGGAAUCGCCCAAUGGCGCGACUCGUGCGGAGAUCGACCACAUACACACCAACCGGAGGUGGUGUCUACUUGAUGUCUCAGUAGCACCAUCCUUUUGUAGUGGUUCUGAUCACCGUUUCCUUCGUGCGGUAAUACGACUUAGCCACACGAUGGAAAAGAACAUCUCCACUCGACAAAGAAGGAGAAAAGAAGUCGUCUACGACGAUUGCGCACUCGAGGACUCCUUGUCCCAAGAUGACCGGCACAUCGAGGAGGACCCAAACGUGAACUACGAGAUGCUGCUCAGAGGAUUACGAACCUGUGCUGAGCGUGCCUCGAAGCCGCACACGACAAACUUGGAUCGAAUUUCGAAGACCACCAAAUAA